GACGCCGGGGCUGGAGGAGCGCUGCGCCGCCAGCCGCUAACGGACCGCUGGGGCCGCCGCUGCUGGUCACUGCUGCUGGCCGCCUCCAGCCUUCUUCGCGAGGUGUGGAAAUUAAAACACAAAUAUUUUGACUGAGGCUUUGAUCAAGCAAAUGCUAAAAAGCCACGUAAAGAAGAUCCCUAACAGUCAUUUCUCAGCAAUUAUAUAGUCAACUGAUGUAACGAUGGUCCUAAUAUUGGGACGAAGACUAAACAGAGAGGAUCUUGGGGUGCGUGAUUCCCCAGCAACGAAGCGUAAAGUUUUUGAAAUGGACCCUAAAUCUCUGACAGGCCAUGAAUUUUUUGACUUCUCUUCAGGAUCAUCCCAUGCUGAAAACAUACUCCAAAUAUUUAAUGAAUUCCGAGAUAGCCGCUUAUUCACAGAUGUUAUCAUUUGUGUGGAAGGAAAAGAAUUUCCUUGCCAUAGAGCUGUCCUGUCAGCCUGUAGUAGCUACUUCAGAGCUAUGUUUUGUAAUGACCACAGGGAAAGCCGCGAAAUGCUGGUUGAAAUCAACGGUAUUUUAGCUGAAGCUAUGGAAUGUUUUUUACAGUAUGUUUAUACUGGGAAGGUAAAGAUCACUACAGAGAAUGUACAAUAUAUCUUUGAAACAUCAAGCCUCUUUCAGAUCAGUGUUCUCCGUGAUGCAUGUGCCAAGUUCUUGGAGGAGCAACUUGAUCCUUGUAAUUGUUUAGGAAUCCAGCGCUUUGCUGAUACCCAUUCACUCAAAACACUCUUCACAAAAUGCAAGAACUUUGCAUUACAGACUUUUGAGGAUGUGUCCCAACAUGAAGAAUUUCUUGAGCUUGACAAAGAUGAACUUAUUGAUUAUAUUUGUAGUGAUGAACUUGUUAUUAGUAAAGAGGAGAUGGUUUUUGAAGCCGUCAUGCGUUGGGUCUAUCGUGCUGUUGAUCUGAGAAGACCACUAUUACAUGAGCUCCUGAACCAUGUGAGACUCCCUCUGUUGCAUCCCAACUACUUCGUUCAAACAGUUGAGGUGGACCAAUUGAUCCAGAAUUCUCCUGAGUGUUAUCAAUUGUUGCAUGAAGCAAGACGGUACCACAUACUUGGGAAUGAAAUGAUGUCCCCAAGGACUAGGCCACGAAGGUCAACUGGCUACUCUGAGGUGAUAGUUGUUGUUGGCGGCUGUGAACGAGUUGGAGGAUUUAAUCUUCCGUACACCGAGUGCUAUGAUCCUGUGACAGGAGAGUGGAAGUCCUUGGCUAAGCUUCCAGAAUUUACCAAAUCAGAGUAUGCGGUCUGUGCCCUAAGGAAUGACAUUCUUGUUUCAGGUGGAAGAAUCAAUGGCCGUGAUGUCUGGAUUUAUAAUUCACAGUUAAAUAUUUGGAUCAGAGUUGCUUCUCUAAACAAAGGCAGAUGGCGUCACAAAAUGGCUGUCCUCCUUGGUAAAGUAUAUGUUGUUGGAGGCUAUGAUGGGCAGAACAGACUUAGCAGUGUCGAGUGUUAUGAUUCCUUUUCAAAUCGAUGGACCGAAGUUGCUCCCCUUAAGGAAGCAGUGAGUUCUCCUGCUGUGACUAGCUGUGUAGGCAAAUUGUUUGUGAUUGGUGGAGGACCUGAUGAUAAUACUUGCUCUGAUAAGGUUCAAUCUUAUGAUCCAGAAACCAAUUCUUGGCUACUUCGUGCAGCUAUCCCAAUUGCCAAGAGGUGCAUAACAGCUGUAUCCUUAAACAACCUGAUAUAUGUUGCUGGUGGACUGACCAAGGCAAUAUACUGUUAUGAUCCAGUUGAAGAUUACUGGAUGCACGUACAGAAUACAUUCAGCCGUCAGGAAAACUGUGGUAUGUCUGUGUGUAAUGGUAAAAUAUAUAUCCUGGGUGGAAGACGGGAAAAUGGAGAAGCCACAGACACUAUUCUCUGUUAUGAUCCUGCAACAAGCAUCAUCACAGGGGUAGCUGCAAUGCCCAGGCCAGUGUCCUAUCAUGGCUGUGUGACUAUCCAUAGAUACAAUGAGAAAUGCUUUAAGCUCUAAAGCCAGGAUACUUCACCCAAGAAGCCACACCGAUCCAAGAUGAGAGGUUUUAAAAGCUCCAGAGUGGGAACUUGGCCUAUCUCCUUUGUGCCAUAUGCACAAGAAGUAAAAAUAAUAAUUGUGGUGCCUUUCUCCCCAAAAAAUCAAUCUUUCAAACUGUAAUAAAGCCUUUCCUAUAAUUGGAAAACAAACGGGGUUUGGGUUGUUGUUGAAGGUAAUAGUGGUAUUGCUUGGGCUUUGAAAAUGUACCUUUGUAAAUAUUUGUGAGAAACCUAUGUGGAAUAGGAAAUAAUGUCUGUCUGUAUACCUUUUAGGCGUUUGUAAAUGGUCUCUUCAUUUAUAUAUGUUUAUCUACAAGACUGUAUAUUCCUUAUUUUGUCAUAUAUAGAGAUAGAAAAUUGCACAACUUCAGGCUUCAUUUAGGUUGAAUCACAUAAUGCUUAGAACACAUUCUAAGAAGGAAAAAUCAGUUUUAAAAAUCUGUGUCACUAAAAAUAUAUACAAACUGAUUAAUUUUAUUCAAAGGUGUUUUUUUCUGUAAUUGAUUAAAAUAUGACAGCAAUUUGAGUAAAAUACUGAAUUAUUACUUCAUGCUUAGAAUUGCUGUCUUAUAUUAAACAUAUUUUUGAGAGGAGGUUGGGUUGGAGAUAGAAAAGCAGAUGCCAUUAAAAUGACAGGUUAAUUCCUAAGAAAAAAUUAUUUAGGAUCCAUUGAAGGGAAAAUGACUCACUGUGGCUCUCAAAGUAUUUACGUAUCAUCUCUAAAGCCUCUAAGGAAGUACCUUCUUGUGAACCUGGCAAAGGAGUUGAAAUCCAUUUUGCAAUAUUAUCUUGUGAAAAGCAGAGACAGAUUUUCUCCCUAGCUCAGUAGGGUUUGACCUCAUUAAUAUGGUGCUUUGGGUGAGGACCUCCUCCCUGGUUAUCCUACUUUCAUGUGAACAGCUAAAAGUCCUGGGAGUCUCUACUGUUAAGUUGCCUUUAAAGGGUAAACCAGGGACCACCUAGCUCAGUGGGUCCAUUUUUCUUUUAAAAUUAACUGUCUGAAUAAACUAAUGGCAAUAGUUGCAGUCUUCUAAGAGAAAUCUUUCACUUGGUACAAUUGUGUAAACUAUUGGUCAACAUUCUCAAGCUUCUAUACAACAGAUUGCCCUUGUGUAGGUUUUUCAACUCCAAUUUAUAAAGCUUAUGAGUUUUCAUAGAUGAAUUUAAAAUUUCUUUCUAAGGCAAAUGGAGUAGCAGGAACUACAGCAUAAGUGACUAUUGUCAUUUCUGGGUGUAUUGAUAUAACUUACAUUUUAGGGAUGUUCCAGGUAGCCUGCUAUGUUUCAACUUUCCAGCCACUGUUGUCAUCUUACAUUAUAAUUAAUAUGCUCCUUGUCAUAGGAGAAAUGAUGCAAAUAUGUGAUUGAAGUGUUACCACAUUUCUGUUAAAACCAAGAUAGUAAUAAAUAACAGCAGUAAACUAUUUUUUUGUCCUAGAAUAACAGAGAUUUCAAAUAAACUAUAUGGCAUCAACUUAAAUGCUUAGCUGGAAUCUGAAUUCUGAGGAAAACGCUAAAAAACUUUUAAACUUUUAGGGAAUUUUUACUUUUCAAAUCAUAAUUUUUAAUGAUAUAUACCUUGUGAUAAUUAUCAGAGCAGUUCAGAAAACAAUUUUCUGUCAUUUUAAUUGAAAGACAGUUGUAUGUACUAUUAGGAUACUUGUUUUAAUUUUUGAGUAAACAUCAACUUUUACAUUACACCCUUUGUGUAGAUAGUGGAACCUAUUUAGUUCAGAAAUUCUUUCAGUAGAUGAGAUAAUGUUUGAGAAAAGUGUAAAUGCUGAGGAUUAUACAGAGGAUACUUGUUACUUCAUGUUUAUUUAUAAGAUCAUACCCAUUCAUAGAUACAGACAUUUCACAUAAAAAAAUAUUUUCUCAAGGUAACUUGUAUUUUGGUACUUUUGUCUGUUGUAAAAGUAGAUUAACUAUUGUACUGUGUUAUUCAUUUUUAAUAUCCAUAUGUUCACUGUAGUAAUUUGAAAUGCAGUUCAAUAGAACAGAAUAUGUUUAAACAUAGACCUCAUACCAAUAUUGUUUAAUUUUUUUUCUCUACAUAAUUUAAAACUAUAUCAAUUAAGUAGGUCACCAAGAACUUAGUUUGAAUACUAGAAAAUUAAAAAACUAUUUUUAAAGUUACCCAAAUGAUAUUUUAAUAUCCUUUAAUUACUUAUCUUCCUUUACUGAUUCUUGGUAAAUAAUGGUGUUACCAUUGAUAAAACAAAAAAGAAUUUUAGGAUAUAAUAAGUAUAUCAAAAUGGAUAUGUCAGCCAAAUUGGUCAGAUUAUUUUCAUACUGUCAUCACAUAGCUGACAGAUUUUCUUUGGAUAGGUAAUGCUCCUAUAAGCCUUUGAGUUAAUGUAUAUGUAUAUAUAUGUGUAUGUAUGUAGAUAGUAGAUAGUAUGGUCAUGUACACACAUAUAAACAAACACCAAGAUUUGUAUCAGUUUGUAAUGAUCAGAAUAAAAGCACAUAAGUUAAAAAUUAACUGACCUUCUUAAGUUCGAUUUCAGAAGAUUUUUUAUUUGGGCAUUUCUAGAAUACUUUUUUACAUCUGAAAGUACAUGAUGAGCAUUAGCAUGAUGACUUGUAUACAGUCAGAAUCUAUAUAAUACAUAUGGUUUUACAAGAUCAGAGAAUAAAUUGGCGGUGGAGAUGCGUUUGCUAAACCCACUCAGUGGGAAAGGGAUUGAAGGACAUGUUUUGUGGAUCAACAGAAAAGUAGUUUAUUUUCUCAUGAAAUUGAAUCCUCUCCCGUGUGUUCUUAGAUGAGAGUAAAUGACAGAGUGGUCUGGUUUUUACCACAGGAGACCUUCCUUUCCUACCCCACUCUUCCCACUAACUUGACCACACACGAAUGAAAUGGCAGCCUAUUGGAUUUUAAGUAAACUUUUUUCCCUCUAGAUGACUGAAAUGUAGGUAUUCAUUCCAUUUAAACCAGGUGUUAAGAAAAAUGAUGUAAAUACUCAGGGAGGGUAUUAAGUUAUCAUUUUUCUUAUUUGGGAGUUUAAAGUGCCAUAACUAAAUAACCUUCAGUUCAUGAUUCUAGAGUAAAUUGAAUUGGGUCAAGGGGCUUCACACAUGGCCGGGGUUGAACAUUCAUUCUUUUAUAUUUGGGAAGAUGAAAAUGUUUCGCGGACUGAUACACAUUUUCUCUUAGUGAAUAUGGAUUGUUUAUUAUCUCUACUGUCAAAUACUCUUUUUGAAACUCAGGAAAGACAAAGGUUCAAUUAUAUUACUUUUGUCAGUAUGCAAACCAGGUGUGUUUUGUUUUUUUUCCUGUUGUCUGGAUAUGGCAAUAGAUUUUUUUUUUUACUUGCUGUGAGAACCCAUACAUAAAAAGAGAGGGGUCGAGUUGUUUGUGUGUGCCUAUUGUGUCUUGAGAUAUAUAUGUGGAAAAGACAUCUACUCCAGACUGUAUUUUCAAAGAGGAAAGAUUGCUAUUUAUGUGGUGCCACGUGAUAAUGUCUGUUAAAGGCUUCCUAUGGACUGCCUUUAUUUUAGUAAACUCAAGACACCAGUUAACCUCAACAUAAUUUUGGCCUUAUUAGAACUUGUGCAUUAUAUUGAAAGCCAGGUUUACAUCACCUCACCCCAUUAUUCUUUUUAGUUAAGUAAAUAUAUUCACCAUAUCAUGUAACCAGAUUGGGGCAAUUUGGUUGACCUUUAAGGCAGUAGGUUUGACUAGCUAGCUGUACUUACUGUCAGAUCUAAUGCUAGGCACCAGAAACCACUUGAGCCAGGAGUGUGAAUUGAGAACUCCAGAGACAUUUUCAACGUACUUCAAACAUUUUUAAAUGUUUUAUAUGAAUGUUUUACAUAUGUGUGAUUGCCUAGAUAUUAAAUUUACUUAGUGCUAAAGAUGUUCAUCAUAAAUAAUUUUUUUAAAACAGCAGUAGUCGUAACUUAUUUUACAUAUUGUUCCAAAGAAAAGAAUUUUACUGUUUUAAAAAUAACUGCAUCUGAAUUUGUGCCUUAAGUUCUCCAGUGCUAUUUCACCUUUUUUUCAAUCUAAAUAAAGCUUAGAAAAGUUUCAUAUCUGUUUCCUAUAGAAUGAAUAAAUCUCUUAAAAAUUGUUUUCAUUUCAGCCCUUCUUAAAUUUUUUAAUUAGCACCAACUGUGGUUGCUUGGCCGAAUGAGAAUGCUAAGAAAGGUUGUUGGGUGUUUGGAGUUUUAUUAUUAUAUUUUUUGGUUUGUUUGGGGUUUUUUGUUGUUGUUUUGACACCAAGGUGCUUUUUAAGAUAUUUAGAAAAAACAUCCAUCUUACAUUGAUUAAUAAGCCCUUGUAAACAUCCUUUACAAUAUCGAGCAUCUAAUGUCAAAAAACUAAAUCUUAUUUUUAUUCCAUUAUGUACUUUUUUUUUUUUCCCUCUACUGAUUUUUUCAGUUAACUUUCUUGGAAAAGUUCUUACUCUUCCCUUUCCCAUCACCCCUCCCAUGGUUUCUUUAUUUAAAUUUUUGUUGAGAGUUUCUGGAGCUAUCUGAGACAACACAAUUACAGAGUUGAACAAAAGUAUAAUAUGCUUUAGAACUUGUACAGACCUAUGGCAGACAAAUGCCAUUUGCCUUCAGUUAGAGGCUCUAGAGUCUUCACAGUGGAAAGAGAAAAAAAAGGCUUUGUAUUUCUUUGUUCUCAAUUCAAUUGUAGCACAUUAAUACUUACAUGUUCUGUUUAAAUAUACUUUGUGCAUAGUAUUUUUUAAAAGUUGUAUCUAAUAAAAUGUCUUUUAACCAUUAUUA